AUGUUUGUGUCGAUGGACAGCAACGGGAACCGUAUGGACACCGGUGUUGUCACCGGCAAGUGGUUGAGCGCGCCGUUAGCUAACGUAUCGGUGGUGACGGCCGUGGAUAAGGGGUUGAAUGGCACCGACACCACCCCUGACACGGAUGUAAAGCUCAUGGAUUUGGACGACUUCUUACACGGCAUCGGCGUUCACAUGACUCAGGAGUCCAUGACUGAGGACGAGGGGGAGGGGGACGACAGUCUGGACUGUCAGCCCUCCACCACAUCAUACGCAGCGCCGGUAGUCAACGGUAGCCAACACUACGAUAUUACAGGAAACGGUGGACAGUUAGCUAUCGGCACGGAUGAUACGCAGCGGUCGUACCAGCAGUCGGUGGUACAGGAGCUGAAGACCCAUCCCAUGCAUAGGAAGUCCCGAAAACAGGUGACACCUGAGGAGCACAAGGAUGAGAGGUAUUGGACGAAACGGGCGAAGAAUAACUGCGCGGCUAAGAGGAGUCGGGAGUCCCGGCGCCAGAGGGAGAACCAGAUCGUCCUGAGGGCCAACUAUCUCGAGCGAGAGAACCGGGAGCUCAAGAGGUACGUGAAAAGGCUGGAGGACGAGAACCGGGAGUUGAGAAAACUGUUGAGUGGAGGCGCCCGUGUUAUGCCUCUGAAACCUCCCGAUGACAGUCACCUACGAAAGCAAAGUAUAUUCAGUAUAUUAUCUGAGGCUUCAAUUGAAGACUUCCCGACAAUACACAGCGAGCGUACGCCCAGUAUAGCCGUUAUACUCAAGACAUUAGCCACUAAACAGCACUCGAGGAUCUCCGUAGAGUCACCG